GCUUUGCUGAAACCAUAGGAAUGCGACACACUUCGUAUUUACAAGCCCAGUGCUACAGCAUCGCCCCACUUCGUGGGUGUGUAUUUUUUCACGCCAGCUCGUUAGCCGUGUCCGUUUCAGUUUGCUGUGUGAAGUCGUGCCGACAGUUUAGCAGUUUGAUUUCUUCCCGGAAACAACUUUGCAGCUGCAGGGAGCUUGUUGGGUUUUUUCUCCUCUCCUUCUUUCUCCUCUCCUCAGCUGCGUUUCCGACAUGAGAUCAGGUGGACCGUGUGUUGCUGCUGGUUAGAGGAAUACCUGCGGUUCGAAGUGAGUAUUUCCCACUUACAUAAGAUCUGAUGCUGGGCUGCAGCUGCCUCACCCGUCAUCAUGUUCACCAAAAAGAAGAAGUCUCGUAUCCAGAUCUCUGCUCCGUCUAACUUUGAGCAUCGUGUACAUACAGACUUUGACGAGCAGGAACAGAAGUUUGUGGGGUUGCCGCGGCAAUGGCAGUCCCUCAUCGAAGACACAGCCAAAAGGCCCAAACCUUUCAUCGAUGCCACUGUCAUCACUACUGUAGAACCACGAAAGACGAUUGUACGUGGCAGCAAAUUGGGCGUGGAUGGCUCUUUAACAUGGCUGUUGGAUGAGUUUGACACCAUGUCUGUGACUCGCUCCAACUCCUUACGAAGAGGCAGUCCUCCCAUCCAGCCCCGCCGGGACUCUAGCUCUUCAGGUGGAGGAGGAGGGCAGGAAAAUGGAGAUCCUCACCACAGACACUACUCCCAAUUAGACAGGCACGAAAGAGAUAGACCCAGGCAAGACCACCAGGGUGGAGUUGACCACCACCAUGGUCAGCGUGCAGUCCGUCCUGCUCAGAGAGACGAGGGAAUUCAGGGGCGGCCCCAGCAACAGCCUCGGGGGCAAGAGCCCAGUAGGGCCCACAGGGAUAGACCUGGCACUGGCCCACCACCUCCUCACAGAGACAGAGAGCCUAGAGACCGGGACAAGGAGCAGCUGGGUCACAGGGACCAGCCAGGUGACCACAGGCCAAAAUCCAGCUAUGUGGCACGAGAUAGCAGCCCUCAGUCUCCCAGGGACAAAAGGCCUCUCUCAGGACCCAACAUCCGCACCCCAAACCUGCCAAUAACUGAAGGGGUGAUAAAGACUGCUCAACAGACAACACGGCCAUUUAAUACUUACCCGAGGACUGACAGUGAAGGUGGACGCAGCCCCACAGGACAGGCUGGCCGACACCAUGAAUCGUCCCCUCAGAACGGCCCCUCUAGUGGCCCUACCCAAGGUUCCUCCAGCUCCAAGCCCCCUGCAAACCACCAGCACUCUCAUCACACUUCGCACCCCAGCCUGACAUCCGAGGCCUCUCAGCACCCACACACCCCUCAUCCCAACAUUCCAGCUCCACGGCCCCCUGUGCCCUCUGGGCCCCCAGCAUCAAGUGCUCCGCCCCAGGGCCGCUCUCCACAGAGAGAACCCCAGAGGGUUUCACAUGAGCAGUUCAGAGCAGCACUACAGAUGGUGGUUGAUCCUGGCGAUCCACGGACUUACCUGGAUCAUUACAUCAAGAUAGGUGAGGGAUCCACUGGAAUUGUGUGUAUCGCCACGGUGAAGACCACAGGAAAACUGGUGGCUGUGAAGAAGAUGGACCUGAGGAAACAACAGCGCAGAGAACUUCUCUUCAACGAGGUAGUGAUCAUGCGCGAUUAUCAUCAUGACAAUGUCGUAGAGAUGUACAACAGCUACCUGGUUGGGGAUGAACUCUGGGUCGUCAUGGAGUUUCUGGAGGGAGGGGCUCUCACUGACAUCGUGACACACACAAGGAUGAAUGAGGAGCAGAUUGCCACAGUGUGUCUGUCUGUCCUGAAAGCGUUGUCUGUCCUUCACACUCAGGGAGUAAUCCACAGAGACAUAAAGAGUGACUCCAUCCUUCUUACUCAUGAUGGCCGGGUGAAGCUCUCGGACUUCGGUUUUUGUGCCCAGGUGUCAAAGGAAGUGCAGAGAAGGAAGUCUCUGGUUGGAACGCCAUACUGGAUGGCCCCAGAACUCAUAUCCAGACUGCCUUAUGGACCUGAGGUAGACAUCUGGUCUCUGGGUAUCAUGGUUAUAGAGAUGGUGGAUGGAGAGCCGCCAUACUUCAACGAACCGCCACUUAAAGCCAUGAAAAUGAUUAGAGACAACCUGCCUCCCAAACUGAAGAACCUGCACAAGGUCUCCCCUCUGCUCAAAGGCUUCCUAGACAGGAUGCUGGUGCGAGACCCGGCUCAGAGGGCCACAGCCAGCGAACUUCUCAAACACCCCUUCCUGGCGAAGGCGGGGCCGCCGUCCUGCAUCGUGCCUCUGAUGCGGCAGAACAGGAUGAGAUGAGAUGAAAUGUGACACUCAGACCUCAGGACUCUGGAGGAAAGUGUGAAGACUGAGUUGGAACAGAAUACUCCUGCACACAGAGGAAAGGCUGCAGAGGUCACACAACAGGCCUGUUCUUCAAGCACAGCAUUCAGAAAAGAGGUUGAAGCGGAUGUGCAGGAGUAUUCUCUUUUCCUUACGUUAGUCACUGAAAUGUGGAGUAUACAUUUCCUAAAUAAGAGGCAAUAAGGUGGUGUGUGUGUGUGUCUGUGUGUGUGCGUGUGUGUGAACGUGUGCAAUCAUAUGUGACUACAUGUUGCCAACACUGCUAAUUACAGUGUUUUACUGCGUGUGUGUGAGUGUGUUUGGAGUCAUGAAGGAGCAUCAGAGCAGCCACAACUCGCCUGUGGAGUGACUUUUGUUGCAACUGAGAAGCAAAAGCUGGACAG